GCCCCGCCCCUGCCGCUGCGCUGGUGAGCGACGGCGGGAGAGAGUGCCGGUGUUUGCGCCGGCUCGGUCUGGCUCCCCUCCCCUUCCCCCAGCCACCGUCGGGCUCGCGGCUGAGCCGCGAAGCUGCUUCUGCCCUUUCCUGGGCGCGGCGGGCAGCGAUGCGAGGCAUGGUCGUAACCACCUCGUAACCACCGGCGGGCCUCUGCCCGCACCUCAGCCCCCGUCGGGCUGAGCGGGCUCUGGCGACUGCCGGUGGGACUGGGCUGCCGCAGUUGGGAGGCAUCUUCGAGGAAGGCCCCCCCGGCGGAGUGAGGCGGCCGGCGCCAUGUGGCAGAGCAUCGGGCUGACCUUGGUGGUGAUCGUGGCCACACUGGCCUGCGUGCUGCUCUUCAUGCUGUGCGGCUGGUACGUGGUCUGGCAGUUGUUUCUAUCUAAAUUCAAAUUCCUGAGAGAAUUGAUAGGUGACACGGGGUCCCAAGAGGGAGACAACGAGCCUUCAGAGACUGAAGCUGAACAGGAGACUCCACCCUCGCCGCAGAGAGGUAGACAGAAAGCUGCUCGACAGCGAAGGGCACCCGCAGAAGACACAACUUAAAGCGCUCUGUUGAACUUCAUACUAACUAUGAAUAGUUAAGCACCUCUGCACUGUGUCGUUCAGUGGUUUGAUCUUAGUGAAAAAAUGACCUAAAAGGUAAUAUUAGUACCUGUGGACCUCUACUUCUGAACUACCAAUGUAGGCUGCUUUGGUAGAGGUUCAGGGAGGACUUCAGCAGUAAGUCAUAGGAUAUUGGAGGAAAGAAGCGGUGGAGAGAAGUCUCCAUUAAAAAUGCUCAGCUGCUGUAGUUCCUAUCUCUGCACACGGGCAGGUCUUGGACCACAGGCUUAGCCUUUGCAUUAGUCUGAACAUACUAGGCAUUUCAGACUUGAAAUGGUUUCUAAAUUAUCUUUUUCUUUACAGCACUGUAACUGCAUAUAGCAAAAUUGAGUUUUAUUGACUUAGCUAUAUAUCAUUAUAUAUUUUUUCUUCCACCUUGAGAAUGCAUGUGAACUUGAAAAAGGAUUGAAAGAAUAUUCUGCUUUAGAAAGUAUUCUAAAGUGAGAUUUGUUAUGUUCUUAUUGAUUUUCUAUACUUUAUAUUAGAUGCACAUGAGUUGGAGGUUUUUAGUAUCUCCUUUAAAAAAAAAGGCAUCGUGGAUAAGAUCUGUUUUCUUGGUUUUGGCAUAAGAAGGGUUACAGGUUUAACAGUCCUGCUAGCUUUCUGUAUGUUUUUCUGGAACCUUUUACUCCAAGUCCAACUUGUGUUGGAUGGGAGAAGAUGCUUAGGUUAUGUGCUCACUGUUUCGUGUUCUGAAGUGUCAUCUUUGGGUUUUGGAUACUAAGCACUUCUCUAGUUUGCUUUGUGCACUUGUAUAUCAGGUAUACGGUACCUGACAAAACUUCUUUCUUGGAACCAGUUAGGGCAUUUUGACCAAAUUGGUAGACGUCACUGUUAACACUUGGAUCGUGUUAUAGCAAUCAAUUUGGUACCUCAUGUUUGCUGGAAGAUGUUUUAAGGUGAUAAGUGGUUCCUCCUGUUUGAGUUACACGGCUGUUCUGACAUUGCACUUCAGAAUGAAGAGCUACGCUUCUGUUUAUCUAGCAACUUUGAAGAUUGAUGCAUGAGAGAAGAAACAAGCAUGUACCAUUUCUAAUGUGUAUAUGAGAGAACUACCAACAGGUCGUGUCAUGAACAGCUUCUGUUUUCUCUCAAAAGCUUGGAUACGUGAUGGUGUUUGGAUCAUUAUUCCUUGUACAAAAACUUAAACGGGACUACAAAAUUGGUCUUGUACUUAAAAAUGUUAAGAAGCUUAAACCUAUGAUUUCCAGGCUUGUGUUUUGGUUCAAUUAUUUGGCUAAAAGCAGCAGCAUUUCCUGUUUCAUCAAGCAGGCCUAUAUCUGGAAAAGAGCACUGUUUAGUGCCUUCAUGUUUUAAUUUGUCAUCUGUGAAUACCAUUCAAAAGCUAAUGGAGCAUUCACUUCAUGAAAUGAUUUGAAUGUUUCAAUAUUAGAAUAUGAAAGAUCAACCCUGACUUUCUUUGGAAUCUAAAAGUCUCUGUUUUAUUCACUAGCCUGUACAUAAAAGAAUGCUUUGUGUUACAGGAUUAUACUUUCAAGCAUGAUUAGGCAGUACUUUGCACAUAUCCGUCAAACACAUGUAGAAAUAUUGAUAAGUCUCCUUCCUCUAGCCUAUAUGCUUAGAAGGGAAUGUGUAGUGAUGUGGGGUUUUUUAAUUAGUAGUAUUCCCAUGGGUUCAAACAGCAAAAGCAAUUGGAUUCUGUUCCCUGCUGCUUUCAGUUGUUUGCCUUACACAACUUAAUGUCACAAUAUUAUUGUGUCUCUGGGUCUUUGUCACGUGAUGAGGCUUUCAGUUUAGCAAGUACUGGCACAUUUUUCUUGAAACAUCUUUAGCAUCUUUUGAGCUUUGCUAAUAGAGGCUUACAAAUAAAGUUGGGGUUUAUUUGUACUGAUGUAGGCUAUUGAUGCUGUUCUGCGCUUCACUUUUACCUAGAUUGUAGUGCACAGAGGAUGGCAAAAGGCUGAUGCUUGCAGUAUCCUCAGCUGAGAUCAGUAACAGUUAACACUGUUAGAACUACUGCUUCUAGUAGCUCUGAAGAACUGUGAAGUUACAGCAAUAUGCUUAGCUAGCCAGGGUGGUUCUAAAGGUGCAAGAAUCAAGACUCUGGAGCAAGAUAAUGAAGGAAAUAUCCACAUGGGUUUGAAUGCUGACACUGAUGAAAUAACAUGUAAUAAGAUGGACGUAGGAGCUCUGGUUAGCUCAUCUACUCUAGCCAAACAACUUCCUUCUAGGUUCCUUGAUGUUUAUAGGUGUACAUUUCACUCCCUACCCAAAGUUAUUUUAGGUUUUGUUUUCUUUUGUAAACAACUGAUGCUAUUUUUUAAUGUUGCUGUGAGAUAGCUGCCAAUAAUGCUAUUUGCCUAGUGUAUAGCUUUAAGUAGUAGCAGGCCAAAGGUUUAUAUUAUGCAGUUUGGAAGAAUUUUGGAAUGCUGACGUCUUUUUGUCAAUGUGCAAUUAUUUUUCCUGAAAGAAUCUGUCGUAAAACCUUUGUAGAAGGCACUUUGCACACCUGUAAAGGCAAAACUCUUACAUGUGAAAGCGUACUUGUGAUAAGACCUGGGUUGUGAUUGCUGGCAGUCUGAUAAACUCACGUCUUUGAAUAUUUUUACCAAUGUAUUGAAGUGUUACUGGUGAGUAAACAUUUAACUUCAAAUGGACCCAUUCAAGUCUGAAACCUUACCAAGGUGAUAGGUUGGUCUUGUUUAGUAGGACCUGUUUCUAAAACUGUUUCUUGCCUUAUCGUUGCAGCCAUUCUCUUGAAUGUAUUUUGGGUUCUUAUUUUAAGUGUAGUCAUAUCACCUUUGUUGCAGGGACUGUGUAACUUUGAAUAAGCAGUAAUUACUGAUAUUGUACGUGACAGUUAAUUGAAAACGGUUACUGCAAUGAAGACUGGAACAAAUACAGUGUAGACUGGUGGGAAAAAAGCUAUUGCUGAAAUUUGAGUGGUGUAAACAUUUUUGUUCUUGCUCAGUUGCAUAAUUCAGACCUGUUAGGGAGCCAUUAAGGUGGCUGUUGUGGUGAUUUGUUUGCCCAUGAGGCUAAUUCUAUGCAGCUCACCCACUUAAGCACUGCUGCUGUAGCCAUAUGCAGUCGAUGCCAUGUACUGUGCUGCCACUUGUGAGUAACUUGCUGCUUAAUAUCAGGUUUUACACUACACUAGACCUGUGUACCGUAGUUCUGUUUGGUUUGGGAAUGACCAGCAGAAAGAUUGUGUUCAAUGUGGUCAUCCACUUCUUCAGAUACUGUACCAAAAGCUUCCUUGGUCAUCUGUUUUCAUUAACUGUUCUUUUAACUGACUACACAAAGAAAUAAAGUAACCAAACUUGACAUAAA